UCCUCGCGUGGGGUGUACACCCGCAGGAGGAUUUCCACCUACUCAUAUUUUCCAUUAAAAUUCUCUUUGCUACCUAACUUGUGCUUAUUACUUGUAUUUGUAUUUUAUGUCAAUAGACAUCAAAUUAAAAUAGUAUUCUUUUUUAUUCUCAGAAUAGAAAAACCUUUAUUUUACAAACACAUAAAAAAAGCAAAAGUAAUAAGAGCGCCUGCGGAUGUACGGACAAUAUGUUAGCGAACAGACGAUAACGUUGAGUUCUUUCAUUUUUACGUCAACUGUCACUCUCGCAAUCCACGAUCUAUUUUACGAACCAUCUCAUAUCUAACAAACAUGGCUACGAAUUUCAGCGCGAAAGGGAAAAAUUAUGUGAAUGAAUUGCUUCGUUUCAGUUGCUCCUUUCCCAUGGGGACUUGUUUCAAACUUCACUAGCCUACAUGAAGAUUCUACGUCCGUAAACAUCGAAUCAGUAGUUAAAAAGAAGAAAAUUAGUGACAAUACUGCAUCAGAAACUGAACUGUGUGAACAACAUGAUGUACAUACUAAAGUAGAAUACGAAAGUUCCAAAACGUUAACUGAUAAAACUCAAACCAAUGAAGUAGAAAUUUUCUCUUGCAAGUUAUGCCCGUACAAAACUCUACACAAAGAUAAUUUAACGACGCACAUGGCAACUCACACUUUCGCUUGUAGGUUAUGCGGCAAGGAGUUUUCACGAAAGAGCGUUCUGGUGAGGCAUCUGAGAACGCACACUGGUGAAAAACCAUAUGCAUGUACACUAUGCGAGUAUAGAUCUACAUUCAAGAAAGGCCUCGUGGUGCACAUGAAAGUGCACACCGGUGAAAAACCUUUUUCCUGCGAGUUCUGCGAGUUCAAAUUUGCAAGAAAAAGUGAUUUAGUCAGGCACACUAAAACGCACACCGGUGAAAAAUCUUUCUCUUGCGAGCAAUGCGAUUACAAAUGCGCACGGAGCGGUGACCUAAUAACGCACAUGCUAGGUCACACGGGUGAAAAACGACACGCGUGCGAGGUUUGCGGAUUUAAAUUCGCGAGAAAGGGUGAUCUGGUGAAGCACGCAAAAACGCACACCGGUGAAAAAGACUUCGCUUGUGAUUUCUGCGACUACAAAUGCUUGCGGAAAAAAACUAUAGUGGACCACAUAAGAACUCAUACCGGUGAAAAGCCGUUUCGCUGUAAACUAUGCGGCUACAAGUGUAUAAAUAAGAAUUAUUUGAUGAGGCACAUGAAAACGCACAGCGGUGAACGACCAUUUUCUUGUGGGUUGUGCCAAUGCAAAUUCGCACGGAACAAGUGUUUGGUUGGACACAUGAAAAUUGUACAUAAAGUAAAGAACUAUACUGCCGCUUCUACUAGUAAAUAAAUAUCCGCCGUAUGACUCGUCUUGGCGAGGGCUCUGCCGUGCCCCCUAAAAGCGUCUGACAUAUCUAUACUAAUAUUAUUAAUGCGAAAGUGUGUCUGUCUGUC